AUCAAAAGUCAAAAAAAUAACCUAUAACUUAAACGUCAAUUUUAUUAAAAAUAAAAAUAUUUGUAAAUUACUUACAAAACUCAAGAAACCCAGAAGAAAAAAAACUAGAUUUAUUUAAAACAAUACUCGUAAUUGUUAAUACUAUAUUUUUAGAAAGUUGGUGUUUAUAUAAUAAUUAACGUUUCACUCCAAUGAUCAAUGUCUGAACAAGAUGACUCAUACAAAAUAAAAGGUUUUGAAUUCUUGUAACUUGGACGAUAAAAUCGUAUAGUAUUAUGUGCCUUAUACUGUUGUUUGUAAAAGUGAAUAUAUUUUAAUUAGUAUAUUAAAUAAAUUCUUGGUUAUAAUGGAUGAACGAAGGCUGGCAGAUUAUUUUGUGGUAGCUGGAUUACCCGAUGAUCCAGAAGUGUUGGACGAUGCAUCCCUUCCCGAGGGUGGAAAUUUUGAAUCAUUGGCUCCGAUAACAGAAAUAAGUGUUAUAUUUCCUAGUUUGGGUGAAGAAGCACCAGAAGGUUGGGAAGUUAUACGCAAAACACCCACUAAUCUUGAUGCCGAUUUAAACCAUGGUAGUCUGCGAGCUACUGAGUGUUUUUUAUGUAUUAAAAGAGGAAGGGAUAAGCCUCCUUUAGUUGACAUUGGUGUUAUGUAUGAGGGCAAAGAGUAUGUGAUGCAAGAUGCUGAAAAAGUAAAAGAAAGCCUAGGCGGAUCAGUUGCAAAUGUUAACAACUCAACAUCCCAAAUUUUUCUAACUUACAGAAGAGGAUUGCCCACAAUGCCUUGCAAUGCUCUAGUUGUAACAGACGUAUGUGUAGUAAUCGCAAGUAAAGGAGAAUCACCUCCCCAUGCGUUCUGCUGUAUAAGUAAGAACCUAAACAAGGGAAUGCUUGGAUCGGAUGUUUUUCUCUGUUACAAGAAGUCAAUGAACAAGGCUAAACUUAUAACUUACAAACCAGAUGUUUUGGCUAGGUAUCCCAUGGGCGAUAUUCCGGAUUUUCCAUUUCCCAAUUCAGUACCGCUUUUUUGUUUGCCGAUGGGUUCAACUCUGGAAUUAUGGCCUAAACAGACUAGCAAACCUAGGCCAGUGUUCAGUAAUUUUGUUUUAACCGUAUCGGAUGCCAAACAUAAAGUGUAUGGGUCGGCUUUAACUUUUUACGAAAAAUUUCCAGCAGAGAACAUUACAGAGGAGCAAAAAGAACAACUAGGUUAUACAGAAGACAGUGAUGGUUUGUUACAUGUGAACAAAAGCAUAUGCAUCUUAAGCCACUGGCCGUUUUCUGAAGAAUUUCAAUAUUGGCUUAGCUACCUUUACCAAAUGGUAGCAGAGGGUGUACCCAGCCCUGUUCCCGUAGAGCGGUACAUAACCCAACUUUUCGACGAGGUUCCGUUCCCGUCGCCGCGCACUCUUCUACAACUAUCCGGCGAGAUUCACGAACAGAGGGUGAUUUUUAUUCAACCCGAAGACCUGCCUCUGCCUCGAAGUGCCGCAGGUUUCAAACAGUUGUUACUCAAUUUGGGCUCAGAGAAUUGCCUUCAGGUGUUGUUGUUAGCUCUGACAGAACAGAAAAUUUUAAUUCAUUCCUUGAGGCCCGACGUACUGACUUUAGUUGCCGAGGCUGUCAGUUCUCUAUUAUUUCCUUUCAAGUGGCAAUGUCCGUAUAUCCCACUGUGUCCAUUAGGUUUAGUAGAGGUGUUACAUGCACCAUUACCCUUUCUCAUAGGAGUAGAUUCCAGAUUUUUUGACUUAUACAAGCCCCCGAGCGACGUUAGUUGUAUAGACUUAGACACGAAUAUCAUUACUGUACCCGAAGCUCAAAGGUCGUACUUAAAUACGAAAAUCCUUCCGAAAAAAGCGGCAAAACAUCUCAAAUCUACUCUCGAAUCUCUGUAUAACCAAUUGAGAAAGAGUAUCCAAAAUCAUCUCAACCAAGACGUGGCUGUUGAUAACAACGUCGAUAACAUCGAGGCAGAAUUCAAGAAGAAAAAGAAAGAACAAUUGGAAGAAUCGGAAAUCCAGGAGGCGUUUUUGAAAUUUAUGGUUAACAUUUUGAAGGGGUACAAAGGGUACUUGUUGCCGAUUACCAAGGCUCCGACUGUCGGCACGACCGAUACGCAAGCCUUGUUCCAAUUGAACGAGUUCCUGAAAAGCAGGGACAAGAACCACACGAAGUUCUUCAGUUUGGUGACGAAAACGCAAAUGUUUAUCAGGUUCAUCGAAGAACGAAGCUUUGUGGUUGAUCAGGGUGACCAAGGAUUGACGUUCUUUGACGACUGUAUAGAGCGACUAAACAAUGAAGACUACAGUAUCAGACUCAUCGAAUUAGACUCGGUACACAAGAGCGACAGGACCGUAUUCGUCUUGCCUCCAGAACGUGUGAACGAAAGUGAUUUGUACAAAUACUCUCAGUUUACGUUGAACCCGUUAUUAUUGAGAAGCGGCAAAAGGAAAUAUGAACUGCCUUCCUUGUAUCAAGCCACGUUACCGGGAUCGCCGAUGGCAAGACGCACCAAACACGAGAUUAAAAGCGCACAAAAAUUGGCAAGAAAAUAUCAAAGAUCGCCUGAUACAUGGGCGAGAUGUCUGUGCGGUACUUGUCACACCCUGUACUUUAUGAUUCUUCCCAGUAUGCUAAGUAUGAACGUAGGAAAAGAGAAGGCUGUUCUACAACAAGCAUACGAAUUGCUAGUCAGAACUUUCGAAGGUAGUCCGCCUUCGACAAACAAACUGCACCGUUCAGAAACAGUUCCGGCCGCUACAGUGGCGUCCAGCCUGGCAACUCUAGGGUCCAGCUUCAAAAUUAGUUUCAGCCGUUUAGCUACGCAAAGGUUAUCUUUAAGAAAGGCCAACCUUAAGGUACCGCAGCAGCUGCUAGAAACCGCUAUUACUAACCUAAGCCCUUCCAGCCUUACCAGCAAAAAAUCAAACGAAAUAAUUCAGGGUUCUCUUAGUACGAUCAAGUCGGCCGCCAGUACCAUGGUCAAGAAGAUGGAGGAGAUCAAGGAGGCCAUCUCCACGUCGGCCAACUCUACGCCCGUCAAAAACGCACUCAACUCCAACGAUAGGAUGGCCUCGGGGGACACCCUCAACGAUAUAGAUGGCGACAGUGCGCAUGGCAGUGACGACACCAGUCUGGAAAGACAAAGAAAAGUUUCAGCUGAAUUGGGAAGUUAUAGAGGUUCUUGUACGAACUUGAAAGAUGAUGAAAUUCUUCCCGAGAACAUAUAUCUGACCCCAGAGGAAGCUAAAGGAGACAGCGAAGUAGACAUAACCUUAACCACCUGCUCACAAUGUCACAACUGUAACCAGCUACUUUACGACGAAGAUAUUAUGGCCAACUGGUCAGCUGAAGAUUCGAAUUUGAAUACGGUCUGUCAGGCGUGCAACAAGCCUACUGUCCCGCUUUUGACAGUUACUGUCACGGGCAAGGAAUUGGCAAGUUGCGAUCCGUUCAGCGUUCCGUAUUUAAAUCCUCUCGUACUACGGAAAGAGUUGGAGAAUAUCUUAAGCCAGGAGGGUGAUUUAAGUAUAUCGGAACCAAAAUUUAUCGACGAACAUCCGAUUAUCUACUGGAACUUAAUUUGGGUGUUUGAAAGGAUAAACGUCAACACGUAUCUUCCUAAUUUAUAUUUGAAAAACCGCGCAGAGGUUGAGAGCAAUUCAAAUGGUACAGAGAAGCAAGAUAGUAGCCAAUCGAGUUUGGAGAAGUUGGAAGAAAGUCAGACUAGCAAUGGCAGUAGCAGUAUGAAGUUGGUGGAAGAAGGAACGGAUCCAUUAACGCAAGAACUGGCUGCUUUGGAACGAUUAGCAGCCAAAGUCAGGGUAAAAUGUUUAUGGGAUGAGCCAAAAUUCCACAAUGACGGACCACCAAUGUAUGUUCUAUGGAGGUUACGCGACAGUAACCAAAUUAUGUCUACAGACAGGAGUAAAAUCAACAAAUCGUUUAUGCAGCAGAUCAUCAAUUAUAUCAGAGUAAACGAUUUGACUGAACCAAUCAAAAGUUUAGCCAAAGAGAGGGAACAGUCGUACAAUCAAAGGACGGCGAACUCUAUUUAUAGAGACGUUCUCUUUCUGGCUUGUAGAGCUUUGGGAAGGUCGGUGAUCGACAUAAACGCUUUCGACAAAGAGUACACAGCGGCCUAUUCAAGAUACAGUGAAAAGACACAGCUCGAAAUUCAAGACAAGCCUAUCACACUUAACUCUCUAUACUGCAGGCAGUAUUUUCGUCCGUUACUGUUACCCUAGAAAAAGACUUAUCGGAAACGUCAACGAACAUUGUGGAUAGCGGAAAUAAUAUUCUUUUAAAAGUAGUUUUUACUUUUAGUUUUAUUUAAUUUUUCACAUAGGUUUCAGCUUUUUUUGUUAACGCUGUGUUACAACACCAUAUGAUGAUCCGUCCCAUUCAAAUAAAUUUUUGUUGGCGACUUUUUCUAUUUAGGAUAUUUUUGUUGGUCAUUUUUAAAUCUGCGAGAUAUAUUUUGUUUCUUUACUAACAACACAGCUAGUUUGUUUUUAUCCUAGAUCAUAAUAUAUACUUACAUGGAUAAGUAAAUCACUAUGGAAACUGUCGCAAACAUAUCAACGACUUCCAUUUAUCUUCUGUUUUUGUUGUACACCUAGUGCGUCUACUCUUUCUAUCCUUGUCGAGGACUUAUCGUCCACGCGCCAAAUUUAAACAUUAAUUUUAAAAAUUUAAUUUGUAAAAUGCAUAUAUUUGAAUAAUAAA